UCAAAACUUGCUCGAGAUAAAGUUAUUGUGACAACCAAACACAUCCUAACUUUAUAGUUAACGCUUUUCUGUACUUUUUCCUUUUUAUUUUUCUUACGUCAAACGGCAUUGACGUCGACGAAGAUUUUCUUCCUUUAUUUUCCUUCUUUUUUUUACCAGAUCACAUCCUCUGUUUCAACUUUGAUCAUCAUCCAGCUUAACUUCUCGUUUCGACCCGUAGUAAAGGUUCUUCGUUGAAGAUGAGUGACAAUCUUAUGGACAAAGUUAGCUCAUUUAGCGAGCGUCUGAUGAUUGGAGGCUCUGAGGUGAGCAAGAAAGUGAGUGCUGGUGUGAGCUCGAUGAGUUUCAGGGUGAAGGAACUUUUCCAAGGUCCUAACCCAAGCCCAAGCGAUAAGCUAGUGGAGGUUGCCACUUCGGAGAACCUAGAGGAACCGGAUUGGGCUAUGAACUUGGAAUUAUGCGACAUGAUCAAUCAGGAGAAGAUCAACAGCGUUGAUUUGAUCCGCGGGAUCAAGAAGAGGGUAAUGAUGAAGCAGCCGAGGAUCCAGUGCCUUGCCUUGGUUCUGCUUGAGACAUGUGUUAAGAACUGCGAGAAAGCCUUCGCUGAGGUUGCUGCUGAAAGAGUCCUCGAUGAAAUGGUUAAGCUGAUUGAUGAUCCGCUAACCGUCGUGAAUAACCGGAAUAAAGCCUUGGCUCUGAUCGAAGCCUGGGGGGAAUCAACCAGUGAACUCCGCUACUUACCAGUUUUCGAAGAAACUUACAAGAGCCUAAAAUCAAGAGGUAUCCGCUUCCCUGGGCGUGACAACGAGAGCUUGGCGCCUAUUUUCACCCCUCCUCGGUCAGAAGUGGACAGCAGUAAUGUUGCUGAGCAUGCACAUGUGCAGUAUAGUGCUCCUCCUGUACAAAGCUUCACCGUGGAGGAGACAAAAGAAGCUUUUGAUGUUGCGAGGAACAGCAUUGAACUUCUUUCAACGGUUUUGUCCUCUUCACCUCAUCAGGAAGCUUUACAUGAUGAUGACUUGACAAUUACACUAGUACAACAAUGUCGUCGAUCCCAAACCACGGUACAAAGGAUUAUCGAGACAUGUGGAGAAAGCGAAGCACUUUUAUUCGAAGCCUUGAAUGUAAACGAUGAGCUUGUGAAAACGCUUUCCAAGUAUGAAGAGUUGAAGAAACCUUGUGCUCCGUUAGCUGCACCAGAGCGAGCUAUGAUUCCUGUGGCUGAUAACUCUGCCAAUCACGCAAAAGCUCAUGGGAGCGGAAGCAGCAGCGAUGACAUGAUGAUGGACGAUCUCGAUGAGAUGAUAUUUGGUAAGAAAGGAUUUGGUCAUUCUUCAUCUGAUGCUGCCACUGGGAGUGACUCGAAGAAGCAGCAGUCGUCCAAAAAUGACGAUCUCAUUCGAUUCUGAGAUGGUUUAUUUUUUCUUAGUGAGAAAACUAUAGUGGAUUGGUGUUUGAUCUUUAGUUAAAUUUGAACAUAUUUUCGAUUUAUUGGCUCAUUAGUUAUAAUAAUUCAAAAGUUUGGUUAUGAAUCAACCAAGCUAGGAAUAUAUAUCUAAUAUAUGUUUAUGUACCGACUAUUACAUACACGUCAAUACUUUAUUUAGAGGGAUAAACUAGUAAUAUAGUUUUCCUUCUUCUUUUUGUUUUGUUGGAAUGAUUA